AUGACAAAGUUAUUUCUCGUAAUAUGGCUUUGUUGCGUUUUGACUGAAACAGAAGCAUGGAGAAGACGGCGCCGGAGAAGGGCACCCCCUCCUUGCAAGGCAACGAACUGUCAGGUUGGAAGCUGGACAAGUUGGAGUUCGUGUUCGCAUCAGUGCGGUUCGAGUGGUGCACAAGCACGAACGCGGUCGUUGAUUACAGGCGCGUUCUGUGGAGGAACAUGUCCGUUCCACUUGCGAGAAACUCAGGCCUGCAAUAGAGGCAAUUGUCGGAACGGAGGCACGCCGGUUAGCGGCAGAUGCAGCUGCAGAGUGGGAUACAAUGGGAAAUGCUGCGAACAAGGUUAGUCCAAUAAUACAUGGAUCUGAAUUUUUGAGGUCAUACAGGUGGUGUGAACAAGGCUGGAUCAGUGUAAACAUACAACUCUUGACAAAUCUCUGACAGCCAAACUAAGUUGACGCGAUCUGUUUCAAAUGUUGUGCCCACCUGUUAGCCAGUAUCAGUACGAUGUAUAUGUUCAAAAUAUCAUUUCUAAACUAAGAGCCGAGAUGUUGAGGAAAUACUUUCAAAAGAAAAAGGGCUUCGUGGUGGAUGAUUUUUUUAUUUUUUUCUGUUUCACGAUUGUUCUGUGAUUCUCAUGGUGUAAAAAAAGGUGUUCGUUAGAUCAUAAAAAGUUGUUUUGAGUUCCAAAAUGCUUGAAAUUUGCUGUACCCUGUAAAGAUCAAGUGAAUCUUUGAAUCUACACUUCAUUUUGAAAGGAAAAUGAUCAACUGAGCAGCGCAGAGUUUACUUUUCGGACACACACGAACUCAAUAGGGUGGGCAAGGAGUAACAAGGAUUUCAUUUUCCCCAAAGUUUUACUCUGACCAAGAAAGUUAUUAGAAAAUACAUAACAACGUUCGAAAAGAGAUUUUUAAGACCGGUAGAACUAAAGGGGGGGAGAUUAAAAGGGGUUAUGAAAGAUGCAUUCAGAGUGAAGCAGCGCCCAACAUUCCAGCCAAGCUGAUAUCUUGCCUCUGCAGAUCCACUUAAGUUGAAUGUCACAAACACACACCACAAAACUCCAAAUCACGGAGGCAAAACUUUCAUAAAACGUCAACGAUCAAAAAUUCAGUUAACUGAAAACAAAUCGAAAAGUAACACGUUUUGUGGUUAACUUCACAGCGAGAGAAAAAUUAAAAACCGCUAGAAAAAACACUUUGAAAACGGAGUGAAGAUUAAAAAGAAAAGACAGUUGAUCGAAUCCCGUUUGUUGAUGUUACUUAUUUAGAGAUUAUUUACCAUGAGCGAUGCAUUAAUUGCGCAACGGAGUUUGCGAAUACUGAAUUGCAAAAGCCGUGAAAAAGGGGUUUUCCGACAGCGCCUCCUUCUGAUGUAGUUGCGUAUGCAGGCACAAUAGAGUUUACCAAUAUAACGGGAACUGAAAUAGUUUGAGCUUAUGGGAGCUCGUAACAUUUUUACCUUAAUUUUUCUGUUAUAAUUAGCCCUUAACGUCAACGUUCUUAAUGCUGUGCCCAUCGAACGUAAAGAAAGGUUGCAUUAAACAAGCGGUACAGAUGAGCGGUAAUUAAAAUAAAUCUUGCGAAGGAAAAAUGUCACAACAAAGCAGAAAGGUCAAUUAAAGAUCUCUGUCUUUAAAUCCUGUUUUCGCUGGCUUGCUUUUUGAUGAAACUAAAAAAAGAAAAGGCAAUUACUAAUACAAAUAAAGUUGUUGCCUUGAAAAAGAGACUGGUCUCAACAUGCCGAAUAUUCCCUAAAAAUACUUCCCACAAAUAAUCCACUGUUUCAUGCCCACCCAACAUUAUAUUGAAAUUUGCGUUUGCGUAUACAAUUUGAACAACAAUAUUUCGAGCGGAAGUUGUUUUCUUCCCGAUUGGCAGCGGAAAGUACUUUAUUUCAAAAGAAGUGUAUCCGUGUUUUCAAGACUUUGGAAAGUAAUUAACUUUUACUAGAAUUUGAUAAAUUAGGGUAACGAGAAUACUUAGCAAAUACAAAAUUUUUGACCGAAACACACUAUGAAAAGCAUUGUCUUAACAAUCUGCUUCGUGGUUUUGAUCACUGGGACGAAUUCGAUUUUCUGGUCGAGAAGGAGACGACGAAGGUCGCCUCCUCCGUGUAACGCCAGAAACUGUCAGGUUGGAAGCUGGACCAGUUGGAGUUCUUGCUCGCAUCAAUGCGGAACGAGUGGCUCACAGACUCGCACACGACAGCAGCUGCAGGCCGCGCAGUGCGGUGGAACUUGCCCAUAUCAUUUGCAGGAGACGCAAGGUUGUAACAGGGGUAACUGCCAAAACGGUGGCACACCAAAUAAUGGUGGAUGUAGUUGCCGAUUGGGAUACGGAGGAAUGUGUUGCCAACAAGGUGAGGUUUUUGAACGACAAACGGUUAUCGCAUUUAGACUGUUAGUCUCGGCAUGGGGGAAACUACUCGAUGAAUCAACCGCAGUUCAUCAUUUGUAAUCCUUACGGUAUAGUUUAGAAUUCUCCGUCGUCGAAAAGGCAAUAACCUGAACAUGCUUUCUACCGGAAUGUCCCCUGUUCUCUUAUCAAUGGGUCAAAAUUUGAUUUGUCAUAUACACUAUUUUAAAACCUAUUUCGUUGUCAAUCGUGAACCUUUAUCAUUUUGAUGACUACCUUAAUGUUGUAAUGUUGCACCGAAACAAUUAUCCUCUUGUGUUGGAUAUAAGCACAUCUUAUGAACAGGUCAAAAUGAAGAAAUUUUUACCUGUAUUAUUUAAGAGCGAAUCUCGCCAUAAAUUGUGUAUACUUAUCAUUUUCAUGUUUAUGUUCAUGUUGUGAUGUUGCACUGGUCAAUUUUCUGCAUGUAUUGGACUUUAGCACAACGAUAAAAAAUAAUUAUGAGGCUAAGCACGCGGCUAUUUACUUUGGUGAAUACUAAAAUUUUGGUGAAUAGUAAGGUAUUCUUAAUAAGCAAUUUUUGUCAGUCGGCUGAGCUAUUUUUGGACAAACAUAAAGCAAUACCGGAUAGUUUAUACUUAUUGCUAGAAAGUUAGCGACACGCCAGAGACGGGGGCGCUUUCAAGUGGAUUUCUUUCUCGAAUUAUUUGCAAACAGGACAACCCGGCUUUUUUUAAUUAAAAGAAACAAACUACAUUUAAUUAAUUGUGCGAUCUAGAAAAUCCACUGAGGAAACGCAAGUAAUUUGAACUAAAUGACGUAUGGGACACAAUUAUUCCAAGCCGUGUGGGUAUAUUGUACUAACCGCGAUCUGUAUCAAAAUAGAUAUUUCGAGGUUUAGUAGGUGUGUGUAUUGGUGUUUCAGACGUUCUCAGCUCGUUGCAGUACACAGCUGUCUGUUCCCUCCUUGUUGAUCGUAUAUAUAUAAAUAAACUCUUUACGAACAGGACAUUCUAACUCCAGGAUCUGCUAAAGGAGUCGUCAUCACGGAUCAACCACUGUGAAAUCUCACAGCGAAAAUUUUCUUCCGACGAUUAAUAUUCUACCGCUAUUGAAGCGAAAGUUACGUUAUAUUGGUUUGAGUAAUGAAAAAAGCGAUUCAUCGGAACAGGAAAUUAAGUCACUGUCCCAUUUCAGUCGCCCACCCAAGAAACUAUUCAGAUGCUCCCACAAACACCGCCGCUCACGAAAAACAACAAUGUAUGAUACGUCAAGAAUACACCCAAGAGAGUGUAUCGUGUUUUUUUUUGUUGUUGUUGUUUAACUAAAACAAGCAAACAUUUUGGAUCUCACAAACGAAGGUCAAAUGUCUGUUGAGACAAAUGAAGCUUGAAUUCGCAGAACGUAAGAGUUCGUAACAAGGAAUUUAUAUCGGCGUAAAUCAGCGAGUAAAAAUAUAUUAAUACCGAGGACGACUAACACUUGCGGAAGUGAAGCACACGGGAUCAUUGUACGUUUUAAAAACCAGAAUUUGUAUUCCAAAAUGUGCUUCAGCGUUCCAAAAUCCAAGAGAGAGAGCUCUCUAACAGUAUGUCCUCACUGAUAGGUAAUGCUUUUAAUAAAAGGAACAACAAGGAAACUUUCGAGGAAAUCGAGAUUGACGCUUAAUUUCUCCUCACUAAAUCAAUACAUUUUUGCACGCGUCUAUGGAGGGGAGGCAAACUAACAAAGGGAUACUCUUUGUCUGAAUCGCGCUGAAAUGCGUUAUUAGGAGACUUGACAAGGCAUGUUGUAAGUAGUAGUUGACAUAAAAAUAUUUAAAUAUUUAAUUAGAACUUCAGCUCCAAAACAAGCCCUUGCGAAUUCACACCAUAUUUUGAUUGACAUGUGGCGAACCACGUUAAUUUUGAGGAAAUAUUUUCCCCUUUCUUCUCCCUCUCAUCUCAAAAUUUUAGUAUUUUUCCUAAACAGUGCAAUGCAACACGAAUGGUGGGUUGUGCAAUGAUCUAAAGUCGUGCAAUUUAAACGCACGAUCUCGCCGAUGCGCGAGCAUUAAUAACUCGGCGUAAACAAACCAUCGAGGCUUAACGCUUCGCUGAUUUUACUGUGGGCACGUCCCUUAGCGCACACGCUGCUCUUAAUACGCGAGAAACCCAAUUUACGAAGCAGUAAAAGAACUGUAAACAAAUUUUUUCUACUCACCAGCGCAUGAAGAUGAAAUCCUUCGCUGACUGUGGAGCGUGUACCUCUUGCAGUAUGGACUGCAACUUCGUAAUCAUAUGUACAUGUGCUUUGCGCUACAAACGAGAGCCUCUGUCCUAACACUGCUGCAGCUCCUGCAUGGUGAAUCGUUAAAAUAAUCUCCAAUAUUAUCGGAAAACAACGAAGCCAGUGCAUGACUCCAGCUGCACUGAGACCUAAGUGCUUACUGAAAUUCUGAAACGGGGGGUCUGGAAUUCAUUUGACUCCACCACGUAAAGCCAUGACGCAAUUUAAAACCUUACACAAUAAAAUUGUAAACAAGAUUAUGACACAAUAGCAACAAUAUUUAUUGACCACAAAUUCAUCGGACACGUUUUACGUCAACCACUUUCGUGCAGGUAAGCAGCAAAAUCUUAGUGAACCCAACUCUAUCGAGAGUGGUCGAAUAGACUUGAGACUUUGUUCCUAAAACAAUUUUAUCUGAAACCGUGCGGUGGUAACGUUUCGAGCAACGGCUAACCACACCGUUACAGAGUUGCGUUACACGGGUUUAUUUCGGGAUCUUCAACUUUAACCUUUCAUUUAAAACGAUAAAAUUUCGUUUAAUAGUUAAAUUCGUAGAGAAAAGAUGCGGAUCACCGAAUUUUUGGCUAUCGUUUGGGUGCUGCUGGUUCUGGCGAGAGACACCGAUUCGUGGCGGCGGCGACGACGGCGACGUUCUCCUCCUCCUUGCAGUGCACGACCAUGUCAGGUUAGCUCUUGGAGUUCAUGGAGUGCUUGCAGCCAACCCUGCGGAACAAGCGGAACUCAAAAAAGAACAAGAAGAAAAACUGUUGUUCAAGCUUGCGGGGGAUCUUGCCCGUACAGUUUAGAUCAAGUGCGAGCGUGCAACAGAGAUCAAUGUAAGAACGGAGGAACCCCUUUUAGUAGUGGAUGUAGGUGUCGCCCUGGAUAUCGGGGAACGUGUUGCGAAGGAGGUAGGUAGAUCCAUGCACGAGUGAACGCGAAAGUAAACACUCUCGUGAGCGAAAGCUGGAAAUCGACAUCCGUUGACAUGAUUAUGCAAAGCUGACGAUUUCAAACAGAGCCCUUCAUUUAAAUUUUUUUUAUUUCUUUUUAGCAAUGUGAAGUAAGCAAAUGAAAAAUUUCCAGUUUUUUUUUUAUCGCUCCGCGCGUUCGCAUUUAGCAACUGUUCCAAAUGGAUUAAUGAGUGUGAGAUGUUUACUCUCCGGGUAUUUCAACGCCUCUGUAAAUGUGAUAAAAUUUAACGCUCUUCAAGCGCCUACUUCAGACAUGGAAAGGGGAGCUUUGAUUUAAAAUGAUUUUUAACUUGUACGCUUCAAUUAAUGCUAAGUGCAGAAUAGUGUAUAUGCGCAUGAUUUCGAAUACGGGCGCAGCAUCCGCCAUCGAUGACAGUUUGAUGUGGGUACUUUUAAAACGAUGAAAUAUCGCACAUGCGUGACAGCAACUGUUUGAGAGCGUUGCAGCGGCGCGUUCUGGACAUGUAAAAGCGUGGGAUGAAUUCCUUCCCUAAAAAAUCGGUUUCCACGUUUUGAUGCGUCUUGAAACAAUUAGCGCUCUAUCAAUUGAAAUUAAAGUGGAAUUAAAUAAGAUUUUUUAACUUGAAAUUGUACUUAAACCAGUAAAGAAACUGAAAAGAGUAAUUGAGUGAAAAGACUCAAAUACUGAUCAUUUAACGUGUUAGGGCCUAUCCGCACUAGCAGACGAAACUAGAAUUGUCCCGACAAAAUCGAAGGACAAAUUUAGUCAUAACAAUUUUUAUUCUCCUCUGUUGCAUUUGCGCUAAAAAUGUCGAAGUUGUCAAAGAACUGUCAAAGUCGGUUAACAGCCAAAACAACACCGAUAUUAUAAUCCAUUGUAAUUUAUUCAAUUUAGCUGUGCGCACCAAAACAUCAAACGUUUUGGCGGGAUAAUGAAACAUGUCCAAAUGCUUCAACUUGUGGCGUGUAUCUUGCUUUUAAAUUUCGCUCAGAUCGAAAUGAUGUUCAUGGUGAGCCUAGUGUUAAGGUCAUUAAGGCAUUAAUUUCUUGGACACCAAGCAACUCUUUUAAUGAUUGAACACCGUAGAAGACGGAGGCGCCGGGCACGUCGACACAACCCGUACUCUUGGAAACCGGUCUUGGUUUUAGAUCCACCAUAAUGACCGAACAAUUCCCAGGGAGUUUAUCAGAAGGAAACUGCGAAUGGAUCGUUGUACCUUCGAAACUCUGCUAAAUGUUUUGCGACCCGCUGUAAUACGCGAAAACACAAAAUUGCCUGACUGCAUUGCCCCAGAAAAAGUACUCGCACUUUGUUUUUAUCGUCUGGCGCACGAGAACUCUCAAUUUCAAAGUUGGAAGAUCGACUGUUCUAGAGGCAGUUCAAGAUGUUGUGGAGGAUCUUGUGCGGCCACAUCUACAGCGUUAUUAAUAGUCUGGUGAAGCGGCGACUGGAAAAUUCCUCCACCGUUGUAGGUUGCCCCGACUGAAUUAAAAUUGUUUCCUUGUUGGUCUUCAUAGGAUGGCACAUUCCGGCGCCUGAUCUGCUCAUAUGACUGGUCGCUAUUAUUCGCCAAUGUAUUAAAACUCCAAUUACCGGCAUUCAUCUUAAGUUAAAGUUGUAAAAUCUGCGAGUUUCGCAACGAUGCAGAAUUACUGCUAUCUUCUGGUAAACUGAACCUAGUUCAAUUACCACACUAAUGGUGGGGUUUACGACAAAUGAUAGACAAGUUUAUCACGGUUUUGUUUGUUUAGUAAAUUUCGCCAAGCUUUUACCCGGUACAAAUUUUGUCAGCGGUGCGUUUGAAAAUUUGUCCGCUUCGGCGAAAAAUUAUUAAGUCGUGACAAACCAUCCGCACUUGUAAAGUGUUGGUGAUGACAGAAAAUUUGUCUAAAUAAACAAUUUUGUCGCUAGUGCUAGUAGGUUAGUUUACUUAUUGCUCAAGAAAGACAAGUGCUUCAUUGGCCAUUUUGUAUGUCGAUUGUAGCCAGUGCUGAAUCUGCUUUAUAUAUUACGCAAUUUAAAAGUUCAGAGUUUUCUCGCCUUUGUUGUGACAAUCCUCCGGGUCUUUCUGUGGAAAGGGUAAAGGUCAAACAAUUAUUCGAUAGCCCACAUGCAAAUUGUUUGCUGUAUGCGUCAUUCUUGCACGCGUCUCUUAGUCCUGGAAAAAAACAACAGCAAUUUAGUCACCUCUUUACUUUCAAUUCGACACUCCAAUCACAUGUAGGCAAUAGUUAAAAUGUCAUGCCGUCAAAAACGGUUAACGCAUCGAGCUAUCGGCGAAAAUCUUAUGGGAAGAUAACUUACGGUUUUUUCUGCAACUUUUCACCACAUCACUGUAGUGUUAUUUUAAACUCCCUUACAUCUAACUCAGUAGCUUACUUACAGGUUUUCUACUCUUCAUGUCCUAUUUCUUCUUCCAACAGACGUCAAUGAGUGUAAUAACAGACCAUGCCAGCAUACUUGUACCAACACGUUCGGUAGUUUUACAUGCAGUUGCCAUUCGUGCUACACCAAAGUGGGUUUAAAAUGUGACCUGAGGCAGUGCAAAAUCAACAACCAGUGCUACGCGUAUGGCAGAGUAAACCCCAGUAACCAGUGUCAGGUGAGAUUUUAAUUCGCUUUCAAUCAUGCGCGAGAGAGGUGAGAGAGUACCGUUUUACUGGAAUAAGGGCCGCGGCGCUUUUUAAUUUUUCACGCCUCAAUUGAAGCACUUAUUAAAAGUGGCCGCGACAAAGAAAUAUCCUCUUUCAAUUCAGCGGCAUAUUCUUAUGCGCACGAAAAUUUUAUGGUAACUAAUUGCAUACACUGGGGUUUUUACACUCAACUUCGAUCUCGAGCCUAAGUGUUCCAGCGUGAGAGCAUACGGCACUUCUACGUCUGAGUCUAUGCUUUCUUAAGGGCUUCCGUCAAGAUAUCCAAUUGCGAAGUACUACAACGAGUGAAAUAAGUCUUUGAAUUAACGCUGCACCGAGACCGCGGCGCUUAUUAACCUUGCUGUCCUAAAUGCGAUGCUCAUUCGAGAGAGGCUUAUUCGGGGGCGGCGGCUGUUUGAGUUGAUACGGCAUUUCAACAACUUAGAUAUGGAAGAAGGUAGACCUUGCUGAAAUAACGCUUUUGGAGAAAAAACAAAAACUAAAACUAAAUAGAGAAAUAAAAACUACAGGGAUAGUAUUACCGCAAUUAGGUGUAUAGUGAUGCAAGGAAAUAUUAUUUAGUUAUUAACGUUUGUUGUGUAUUGUCCUCUCUUCCAAUAGAAUUGCAAUAGUGCAAACAAGUACGCCUGGACAAACAACAACAAUUUGCCGUGUAACGACCGAAAGGCAUGCACUAAAAAUGAUCGCUGUUCUAAUGGGGUUUGCUCGGGCACGCCUUUCUCGUGCCUCCCGUGCGAGGAGUGCUACAAUGACGCGUGCCGCGUGAAACCGGGAUACUGCGUGAUCAAUGAGGGUGGAAGACGACAGUGUUUUCGUCACGGAGCCUUACGACCAGGACAUCAAUGCCAGGUAAAAUAUUUAGCAGCCAUUGAAUUAUUGGGAAGAUUAACUUAGAAUUGCACGGAGAAAUAGCAUUUUAACCCUUUGAAUCCUAACAUCAGUAUCCAUAUUAUCCAUACCGUUCUAAGUACAUUUCCUAAGAUGCUGAUGAGGAGAAUUUGUUCAACAAUCAAGUACUUCUUAAUAUGGUGCUCAUUUCCUCCACUCUCUUCAGUAGUGAUAUUGGAUGUUGGAUGUUAGUCAAAGGGUUGAGCUCUUUCGGCUUGAUGGACAGAGUCAAUCAUAUAUCAGGUGCCCAAAUCAAAUGAAUGACCUUAUAUGAUACAUUUAAGAGGACAACGAGAAGCUAUCAGAGAACGACCAAUUUUUCCAUCGCUCAAAGAAGCACCUAGAGCUGAUUUGAGUUUUACGCGGAAAUUUUAACGAAUUGGAACUUUUUAAAAGCUAUUUCACAAAAACGAAAAUUGAAAUAAACGGGAAAGCACUCAAGAUCAUUAACUUGAAUAGUCAAGACAUUGGAUAUUUUAUCCACACAAAAGAUAGGCUUAUAAUUAACAAUUUUUCACCAAAGUGGAGGUGAAUGGUGCACCACUUUCACCAACACUGAGCUGAAUAAUUAUUUUGCUAUAUGCCAGACAGACACCAAAAAAUGAGUUUAUUUCUCUCAAUAUACCGAAAAAUGCUCGGAAGUUAAACUCGUCAAGUGCGUUUUUGUCUCAUCGGCUACUUGGAGGUGAAUAGCAGUAGCUACUCACUUCCGAACUAGCCACUCAAUGCGCGCGAAAAGCACUAUUUACCUGUGUAAAACAAUUCAUACACUAUUUCGUGAACGUUGCAGUUGAUAGGAUUUUUAUGAAUUUCAAAAUGGUCAAUAGAUGAGUUUUGCAUCAAUCACACUCUUCUCUCCUCAGCAAUGCGACAGCAACAAUAAUAAUAAUCGGUGGACUAACAACAACAACCUUAGGUGCAGCGACAACAACUUGAAGACCAAAAACGACCGCUGUUCAAGUGGCACGUGCGUCGGCACGCCCUACAACUGUCUGCCAUGUGAAACACAUGACGGCAAUGGCUGUCCAAUCAAAUCUGGAUAUUGCAUAAUACUGCAAGGGGGCAAAAGGACAUGUUAUGCCAAGAAUCACUAUAAGCCAGGGAAUCCUUGUCAAGUAAGCCACCGUUCGAACUAAUAUAAUAGCGUGGUUCUUUGUUGUCAACUAUCCUCAAUGAAAUGUUUAAUAGUGCUUUCUGAGGGCAAUGGAUGUUUCUAUACACACACCAAUGACCGGAAAUUACGCCACUAAAAAAUCAAAAGAAAAAAAGAUAUGAUGAUUAAUUUAGGAAAACGUGGAAAGUCUUACCUUAUUACGAAAAUAUUUGUUCUUGUUGCUGUUUCCUUUCAGUGGUGUAACCCUGGCAGUAGUAUCAGCACUUGGUCUAAUCGAGACGGCGUGGCAUGUGAUGACGGGAACGCAUGUACACGUGCAGACACGUGUCGCAGCGGCCAGUGCACAGCUACACCUUUCAAAUGCAACUCGGUUUGCCAGUACUGUAAUGGCAACAGUUGCAGUCUGAAAACUGGGUUUGGUUUUUUGAACAGCAAGUGUACUUGUAAGAUAGCAGGUGGGUAAGAACAUUCUACGCCAUACUCGUUCUCUCGCAAUACUUGAAACAAAAUUAAAUAAGGGUGUGUCUACCCAAACUGGAAUUUACGCGCCGAAGAAGACUAGGCAAUGUUGUAAGCCUUUUUUGUCCAUUCAAUCUCGCAGUUCUCGUUGUUUUUACUCAUUGCUUUAAAGGAGUUAUAUCACGAAGCUUAUUUUUGUAGGCACAAGUAUUUAAGUUAAUUGGUUUAUUUUGUGAUAACCUUUUAUCGUCCUGUAGGCCGGGACUACAGCCACCAAGCAGUAAAUCCAUCUAAUCAGUGUCAGUGGUGUGAUUUGCACGAUACAGCCGCUCGUACCAACAGAGCCUGGAGCAAUCGUCCAGCGGUGCCUUGUAACGAUGGAAACAAAUGUACAAAACAAGACACGUGUAAUGCUGGCAGGUGAGUAUCACCCCGUAUUGCUUAGCUGCGGAAAAAAAGACGAUAUGAUCCCUUGAAUAUAUACGAGUUCUUGGCAUAUAACUUUCAAAGAGGAAACUCCGAAGUUGAAAAGUCUUUAGUUUGAAAAAUUCCCUGCAAAUUAUAUGACCUAUUUCAACUACUUGGAGAGGGAGGGAAGUUAGGGAGGGAAGUUAGGCAGAAGCCUCCAUGAGGGUGGUCCUCCGUCGCUAUGCUUCCCGUAUUUGGUCAUAUCGUGUUCAUUUUACACUUUUUCUUGACAAAGAGGGGGUUGGUAUGUUGUGUCCCCUCUCUCCCGUUCGCUACGCCUUUAAAAAAUUUAUUGUUUUGUUGAUUUAACAUCAGUGAAAAUAAACAGUGAGUGCCAGACAAGCACUGAUAAGCCUCUCAAUUACAUGUGCUUUGCCUCUGUAUUUUUCUAGAUGCAUAGGACAAGGUUACUCUUGCCAAGCAUCUUAUCCUGCCACAAGCUGUAUCCAAACCUCUCAGUGUGUUGGUAACGGAUCUUGCCGCGCGAUCAUGAGGCCAAGUGGAACAAUCUGCCGCCCGGCUGCGGACGCCUGCGAUCGCCCUGAGAGGUGAGAGAUAACACAAUAUUCUGUUGGUGGUCACUUCUAAGCUGUUAUGGCUGUAAAGUUACGUUAAGGAAAAACUCUUCGAAGGAUGAGGAUGAUUCGUAUUAUUAAAACAUCUUAAAACUACAUCUAAGUUGUACUUAUUUGUGAAAUCAUUAUUCGCAGGUGUGACGGACGCCUUGGAACAUGCCCUGGUGGCGUAACAGACAGCAUUACCCUGACUACUGGCAAUGUACAGCUUCAGGACCAGGCAUUUAAGACAAUCAUCACCUUUCAGCACUCUACAGAUAAGCUUUACCUUAAGAUGUCCGGUUUCUCCGUUUUAUGUGGCCAAUUGACACUUAGGUGGUUCCUUCUACCAGCAUCCUCCGCUUGCAAUACCUUGUCCGGCGUAAAAGGAACGUUUUCGAAUGGCAACUCUCAACAAACUCUGACUGGACUAAGUCUUCAAGAUAACAGCAAAUACAAAGUUAAAAUACAAGCUUCUGAUAUAAGAAACAGCAAUGCGCCACCGGUCUGCAGUGGCGAGAUCACAAUUGACACAUCAAAACCACAAGGCGGGUGGAUCCGCGAUGGGGCUGGAGCUGACUUGAGCUACCAGGCCACUAAACUCUUGCAAGUAAAUUGGGGAGGAGUUCAAACCAGACAUGGUGUUGCCAAGUAUGAAUGGAAAGUUCUCUCAACUUCUUUUAGCGGUAAACAAACAACAGAGCUCAUGGGUUUUACUAGCGUAAAUCUAAAUACUAACGCAGGUAAGACCUUCAAUGGCGUCACAGACGGAUCAACUGUGACAUUCGUAGUUCGCGCUUUCACAAAAGCCGGUUUGUUUUCUGACCUCACCAGCGAUGGAGUGAUUGUUGAUACUUCCCCUCCUGCAGCUGGCAAGAUCUACGAUGGCAAUCAACUUGGUGUAGAUCUCAAGUACGCCAAAUGGACGACUACGUUCGACGCGAACUGGGAUCGUUUUACCGACCCACAUUCACCUAUCUCACGAUAUACCUGGGCAAUACAGAGACUAGGGGCUGGUUUAAUCACUUCCUUUAAGACGACAGCUUUACACCGCUCUUCCACUUUGACCAACCUCAAUCUUGUUUCUAAAGAAAGCUACUGUGCGGUUGUCAGAGGUUACAACGAGGCUGGUCUGUUUACUCAAGUCAAAUCAGACUGCGUACUAAUAGACCAUGAUGCUCCACAAGCUGGAGUUGUAAAUGACGGACAUUUUACUGAUAUUGACUACCAAUCCGACAAUACCUGGAUGGCAGCAAACUGGAAUGGUUUCUCAGAUGGGAACAAAGGAAGCGGAAUCGUAGAGUACAAAUACAGAGUGACAGAUAGCAGUGGACGCAUUGUUGUUUCUUGGACGUCGACAGGAAAUGCAACUAACAUCACACAUACCGGACUGACGUUGGGAAACAAUGCGAAGUAUUUCGUGACUGUCAGAGCAAUCGACGCAGUUGGUCUCACUACUGACGUCACUACAGAUGGCGUUACGGUGGACGCAACUCAUCCUGUGUUCACUGGUACAGUUAGAGUGACUGGUGAGGAUGAUUUCCUAAAUGGAACUGCGUGCGUCUACGUGCCAAGUGUCUCGUCAUUAUCAGUUAACUGGGUUGGAUUCUCUGAUGCUCACAGCGGUUUGAGGCGUUACGACUGGGCUGUUAUGCCCUUGGGUACGUCACCAUCAAACUCCGACUUCAAAACCAUGCCAGGAUCUCAUCUACGGACAUCUGCAACGUUUACAAAUCUGGCACUAACCCAAGGAAAAGCGUAUCAAGUCAUCAUCAGAGCAUACAAUGGUGCUAAACUGCAUAAAGAUGCCCCUUCAGUCAUUAUCAUACCCGAUGCCACACCUCCGUCCCAAGGAAAUGUGUACGACGGAGCAACAUCAGGAGUAGAUAUCGACUAUCAGGCAGACGUGAAGCAUGUUCAUGGUUCCUGGACAAAAUUUCCAGAACCUCACACUGGAGUGAAGCAGUACUAUUUUGCCGUCGGUAGCUGUAUCCCUGGUAACUAUCAUGUAACGGGAAAUACGUUUCUCAAAGUUAACCCUCCACAAGCCACUACCUUUAUGCUGACAAAUAUCACACUAGUUAAUGGUCAACAGUACUGUAUCAAAAUCAAAGCUGAAAACAGAGCUGGAUUAAUUAGCUCAGAAGUGUCUACAGAUGGCUUCGUUGUUGAUGUGACUCCCCCAAGCUUACAAAAUGCUCAAGUGCGUGAUGGAAGUUCAGGUUCAGACAUCGACUAUCAGGAUAAUACCACGGCGUUGUCAGCAGAAUGGAAUGGUUUUGCUGACCCUGAGUCUGGAAUCCAGUAUUAUGAGUAUGGAAUUAGCAGAAAUCGUGGAGGAGCUGUUGAUGUAUCUCCGUUUCAAAAUGCAGGGUUAAAUACCUCAUCUACCGUUAACGGUCUUUCCCUAGCUGACGAUGUAUAUUACUUUACUGUUUGCGCUGUGAACUUCGCUGGACUGCGCGACUGUAUGAGCUCUGACGGAGUGCUGAUCGAUUUUAACCCUCCAAGCCAUGGUGUGGUGCACGAUGGAGUCAUUGAACCAGAUCUUCAGUAUCAAUCUUCUCUAUCAGAUAUGGCUGCAAACUGGGAAGGAGUCUGGGACUUGGAAAGCGGAAUUGAAAAAUUUGAGUGGAGUAUUGGUACAACUGUGAGUGACAAAACCAGUGUUCAAGACUACACGGAUGUUGGUCUUUCGACACACGUCAGAAGUCAAGGAGUCCUUACUUUACAGAGUGGAACAAAAUACUAUGUGCAUUUAAAAGUGACAAAUCAGGCUGGCGCUGUCAGGGAAUUGGUUUCGGAUGGUGUCAUUGCAGAUGCCACUCCACCAGUACCGAGUACAAUUCUUCCAGGCUUCCAAUCACAGACUGAGUGGAGAUAUAACGAACAAGACAAUACUUUCUACACGGCUUCUGAAUCUGACAUCGCAGUUUACUGGAAGAGCUUCUCCGAGCCCGAAAGUGAACUUUGGUACUACAAGUGGGCCAUAGGUAUAAGUAGAUGUGGAACUCAAGUUCAACCAUUCAUUAACAUUGGACGGUCCAACUUCGCCAACACUACGAUGACGAAUCUAAUCUUUACGCCCGGAAUAAAAUACUACGUCACUGUAACGUCUCGAAACCGAGCUGGUCUCGUCUCGCGAUCAUGCUCGGAUGCAAUGGUCUUUGAUGGCACACCACCGAAUCCGGGAGAAGUUAAAGUUGGACAGUCAUCUGGUCAAAAUGGGAGGAAAACGUUUGUCAGCAACAGCAGCAUCGUCGUUUCGUGGGACGAGUUUAAAGACAUGGAAAGUGGCAUUAAAAACUGCAACAUCUCCGUUAGGGACAAAGCCGAACAACUUCUCUUUCUUGAGAAGAGCAACGCAUCCUCGGGUAAUGUUUCGCUGUCUUUGAGUGCUCUUCUUCACGGUGAAAGUUAUAAUGUCAGUGUAGUUUGCAUAAACAAUGCAGGGCUCGUUGCUUUUUCAACCGUUGAAUUUGCCAUAGAUAACACGCCACCUUUUCAGACAGGUCCCAUUAUAGCCGGGGUAUCACGCAAUCGGUCAUUCCAAUAUCAGUCAGACACAGAAUCCAUUGUAGCCACAUGGUCUCCGUUUGCCGAAUAUGAGAGCGCUGUCCGGAAUUAUCGUUUUGCCGUCGGUACUCGGCCAUACCAAGACGAUAUCGUCAGCUUUGAGAACGUGCGCCUGGCAACGCAGGUAACCAAGAACGACCUCAGCCUUUCCCAUGCAAACGUCUAUUACAUGACAGUUAUAGCAACGAACCAAGCGGGUUUAAGUAGAAAGGUGUCGUCGCUUGGACUCGUCAUAGACACAACUCCUCCAUUAGCUGUUGACAGUGAUAUCCACGAUGGCGCAAGUGGGGAUGACAUCGAUUACUUCUCUCCAGACAUGGCCAUCGAAGCACGCUGGGAAGACAUAAGAGAUCCAGAAAGUGGCAUUGUAGACAGCAAGUACUGUUUAGGGACCAAGCCUCGAGGCUGUCAGAUAAAAGGAAUGACAAGUGUUGGAGCCAACUUGUCAUUCACCUGUCCGACCUGUCAUGCUAAUGCGGGGGAGAGAGUGUAUGUAACGGUACAUGUGACCAACGGAGCUGGUGUUUCUGUGACACGCAGCUCUGAUGGAAUACUUUUGGAUGUAAGUCCGCCGCUUAUGGGUGAUGUCAUUGACGGAAACGAUUUAACAGGAGUAGACUAUAAUGUCGUUCUCGAGGACUGGAACGUUUCUAUGUCUUGGUUUGGCGUUGAAGAUGGCGAAAGUGGGGUGCGAUCAUGCAUAUGGAUAAUCGAAGGCGAAGCUGGGAGCAAACUCCAUCAAGUUGACAUUACCAAUGGCUCAACUUAUGGAAAAAGGAAAGCCUUUUCGAAUUCUCAGAGGUACGCAGAUCUUCACUUCAUCAAAAACGUAACGUAUCAUAAUGUACUGACAUGUUGGAAUAACGCGGGUAUGCAAAAUACUGUUCGAUCCAAUGGCUUUCGAGUAGAAUAUCUGUGGCCCAUUCCAACACAGGUCAGCGAUGGAUCAGCGGAAGGUACAGACCUCGACUAUCUAACUAGCACAAAGAGAAUUGGUGCUAAUUGGGAUCCUUUCAUGGACGAUAUUGUGGAUCCAGUUGUUGAUUAUGAGUGGGGCAUAGGAACCGCUCCUGGUAGAGAUGACAUUUCGCGUUUCACUAGCAUUGGGCUGAGCGCACAUGUUGAGAAAGACUUGAAACCCAACGCACCAGGCCUCGAUGUUUUAAACUCAGGUCAAAAGUAUUACAAUACCAUAAAAGCCUUCACUGCCAGAGGACUUAGCAGUGUAAGCUCGUCCAAUGGCUUCACUGUAGACCCCACUCCACCCAUGAUAACAGAGGUCACCAUACACCACAUAGUCAAGGACCAAGAAAAAAAAAGCGUUGAGAUAGAUGUUUCCUGGAAUAAGACUAAAGAUGAUGAAAGCGGUAUAAAAAGCAGUGCGUUCUGUUUGGGAACAACACCCCUCACUUGUGUGGCGGAAACAAUACCUGCAGGUUUGUCUACUUCAGGUGUCAUUGGCCCAUUCAUGCCUCAAAUCCGUGCAGGAUAUUAUGUGACUGUGUUUGUUGCAAACAGAGCCGGUUUAACAUCUGUUAUGUCGUCAGAAAAACUGAUAUUUGAUAUGAAACCACCUUCUUUGGGCGUUGUAAUAGACGGGAUUGGCCAGGAUAUCGACUUCACAAAUUCAACUAGUACCUUGACAAUCCAGUGGAAAGGUUUUAAGGAUGAAGAAUCCGGUAUUUCUGGGUGUUCUUGGGCACUGAUCGAGCAAACGGCAUCAGAUAACAGUUCCUCUUUUGGAAAUGACACAGUUGUCCUUCGAAAAGCCGUGGACAGCAGUGGGAACUUCACUGAAGGAAAUCUUAGUCUUGUUCCCGGCGCUCGCUACAUCAGUCAAGUAACCUGUACAAAUGGUGAUGGCUUUAGUAGCACUUCGUCUUCUGAUGGUGUUAUUGUUGACCUUACUCCACCCAAUUCUGGUCUGGUUCACGACGGAUCAUCUCUCCAUUUUGAUAUUCAGUUUCAAUUCUCAACAACGACAGUCGCGGCAAUAUGGGAACCAUUCCGCGACCACGAGAGUGGCAUAGUAAGUUACCGCUGGGGCCUUGGAACCACUCCUGCCAGUGUUGACGUCAUAGAUUUUAAGGAUGUCGGCAUGAUUACUUCAGCGAUGGCGGAAAACCUUACCCUCACACAUGGGGAAAGGUACUACAUUACAGUGGAGGCCACGAAUGGUGCUGGAAUGACGUCACAUGGAUGGUCUGACGGCUUUAUCGUUGACACGUCAACACCCAAGUUGACAGAGGUAUGAUUCAUUUGAUUAAUUGUGGGUGAAAUAAUGGGACAAGAUAGGCCCUGGCAAGGUUGUCGUGACUGGAUGAUGACCUUGUUCGUGACUUGCAAAAAUAGUAAAGUGUGAAGCUUUGUCGAUUAAUUCACUGAUCUCUCUUAUCUCCUCCCUCGCUUAGCAAUUGCUUGGUUAUUCUAGUAGUUACUGAACAAUGGCGAGACAGAUAUCCCACAUUCAAACUCGUAUUGUCUUAUCUUAGUUUCGAAACUGCAUGUCAUUCCAUCCUCUACACCAGACUGAGCUAACUUAUCGUCUAAAAUAAACCAUUUCGGAGUUCCGAAACCUUCACUUUCAAUAUGAGGCUAAGUGCAUGACCUCUUUGCAUGAUAUUAAAAUAAUUGCUCCACAUUAAUGGCUGCGCACUCAACCUCGUUUUAAAACAGAGGCUUUGUACCUUUCGGAAUGACCCGUCCACGAAGGUCUCACUUAAUAUUCUCUUUUACUCUCUUUAGGUUUCGCGAGGUUCCCUCUUGUGGCUUGGACCCGGAGGAGAACUGAAGGCAUCUUGGAAAUCACUAGAUUCCGAGAGUGGCAUAUCCAAGACUGAAUUCUGCGUAGGAACAGUAUCCAAUGGCUGCCAAGUUAAAUCUAUGACCAAAAUAACCAACAAUGAAACAGAACUAACCUGCAAUUACUGUGACUUAAGACACCAAGAAACAUAUUACAUCACCAUACGAGUUCAGAACGGCGCAGGCCUGUUUACAUUGGCAACAACGGACGAAGUAAAGGUGGACUUCACUCCACCGUCUGUCGGUAAAGUGCUGCCGGCCACUGACGUCACAUCAUGUGUGACAAACUGCACCCUGGUCUCUAACGUCACCUUCUUCCAGGACGAGGAAAGUGGUAUAAAAUUAUGCAGUUACGCUAUAAGAAACAGUACAAACUUGAUUGGCGACUUUGUAAAUAAUGGUUUGAAAACGACCAUAGCAGCGACAGGGCUCUCGUUAGUUGCAGGUGAAAGGUACCACACCGUUGUGAGAUGUGAAAACAAUGUUGGACUUGUCACAGAAAGAUCAUCUACUACACCAGUCUUGGUUGAUGACACUCCACCAACUAAGGUUAGCCAAAUAUCUUAGGGAACAAAACACGCGGCCUGUAUGUGGCAGUAAAUUUAAGGAAAUUAUGGUGACACUUUCUAGUAUGGAUCGGGUGAUUUGAUUUCUAGUACUCAUCGGGAUUAGUAAACUCUGGUCUAUGUUUUUGUAAAAACAACGAACUACACCGCUCUUCAUCCGAAAAAUGAAGAAGUGUUCUAUCAUUAGGUCGAAUUAAGACGAACAAAACCGUUUUGGAUAAGAAAGUUAAAAUUGUCUUUAAAUUAUGAAGAGAGGCGGUUUUCCUUAGGAAGGCUUCGAUUUUUCAAGCACCUUCUCCGCAAAACAUGUUACCUUGUUCAGUUUGUUUGUUGUUUUUUUUUUGUCUGUUCAACCUAUUGGUUUUUUUGUUUUUUCCCUGACAGGGUUCGGUAAUAGUAAGCCCAGACCGCACGCAUGACGUUUUUGGACUUCAUUCCAGCUGCCAUUUAUUCAACCAAACACUGCGGGCUCACUGGUUUGGGUUUUACGACAAAGAAUCAGGUUUGAGCGGAUUUCGCGUUGCAGUCGGCAGUCAUCCAAACGCAACAGACGUUCUUUCAUUCCAAGACGUCGGUGUCACGACAAAUGUCACGCUACCUCUUAAUGACAUUAACGCGUUGUUUGAAGGAAGCAUUGUUUACGUGACAGUCGAAUCACGCAAUCCAGCAGGUCUAGUUACGCAGAGUACAUCGCCUCCUACAAGGUUGAUUUCGGCAAAUAACGACGAGUAUAUGGCGCAAGGAGACUUUUUCUGUUAUAAUGUUUAAAAUGACGACAUGAUGAACUGAUGGCUAGACUAUUUAGAAUGGUUAUUUUACAUUUUUUUUCCUUGCUUUUUCAUAGUUUAAAAACCCUGAUCGCGUGUAAAGUAAGUUAAGUGAAUUGAUACAAUGAGAGAUACUGAUCAAUUAGAUACCCAAAUGUUAGGAAUGAAAAUAGUACUUGCACACGUGGAAGUGAAGCACACUGACAUGUAUAGUUGCGUAACGCCUGAAGUGCAAAUCGCAUUCGUCGUUCGCACAUUGCAGCUGAUUCACGCGUCAUGUUGCGCGCUUUGUUUCGAUUCAAUUUGUCUUGCAGAAAAAGUUAUCUUCCUUGAAAAGCGAACGUAAUCGAACAAUUUCAUCCGUGAUACAUGUGCCUUUCUUUGCUAAACUGAGUCAAAUUCCUUUUAUAUUGAAGAAAAUUUGCAACUUACUUUUCACAGAAAUGUCAAGUUGAAAUUAAAAAGCAGCAAAUGGACAAGUGUACAUUAGAAAAAAAAACUGAAUAAAGCGACAACGAG